AUGCCUCUGGAAUUUUUCUUGUCUCGCCCCGGGCAAGAGGCUGAGUGGCGAGAGAACUGCGAGGGGAAGGCCCUCCUGGCGCCCUCGGCCACCUUGCCAGUGGGCGUGGUUGUGGCGCUUGUCGUGUGGGCGGUGCUUGUUCUCGUGAUGCUGGUGGUGGCCUGUGCGGUGUACCGGAGGCGCCGUCGCAAGCGAGUCUCGUCUGGAAACAACGGCGUGGAAAUGACCUCCCGGGACGACCUCCUUGACCCGGCCCACGACUCCUCUCACGACCCUGCCCUCGAGGAGGGGCACGAUCAGCCUGCUGAUGUCCUGGAGCUUCACGCUGUCAAGCCUGCCAGCCAGAAGACGUGGGCCAGAAAUGGUAUGGACCACCGGCCUCGCGAGUCCGUCUCCGCCGUCGCCAGCGCACACCGGGACGACCAGGGGGCCGCACCUGCCGUCGGACGCAAGGCCAAGAGGCGCCAGGACCAGCUGCCUCACGCCCCGGACGACCUCCGGAACUACGCUUACGAAGGCGACGGCAGCUCCCCGGGCUCGCUCUCCUCCUGCUGCUCAGGAGGCGACAGCAGCGGGGACACUGGCUUUCUCGGCGGCUUCCAAGAAGUGGCAAUGCUGCUCAACUGCCUUGGGAGCCAGUCGGUGGUGAGCGAUUCUCCGGGGACGCCACCAUGCCCACCCUUCUGCUCAGGCCUCGCUGCCUCGCCACGCCGAGCGACAGGAAAGCGUCUGCGCUCCCGACCGCUACAAGCAUGA